UUCAGCAUUUGCAAUGAUGAAAAUGAUUGGCGAAAGCAUACGCCAUCUCUGGAUUUCUUUUGGAACAAAGAAAAAUUUUAGAUAUAUUCCAAUACAUAAAAUUGUGGACAAUCUGGGCAUCGAAAAAUCGAAAGCUUUGAGCCUAUUUCACGCGCUAUCUGGUUGUGACACUACAUCUUCUUCACAUGGCAGAGGCAAAAAAACAUUUUGGGACACAUGGUCCAUCUUCCCAGAUCUUACGAAAUCUAUUCUGAAUCUGUUGGAGCACCCUGGGGAAAUCGAUCAAGAAUUUACUGUCAUCGAAAAAAUUUUCGUGCUUCUGUAUGACCGUUCGAGUCAAUUAGAACAGGUUGAUGACGCUCGUCAGACAAUGUACAAAACCUCCUUUUCACUGGAACUGAUUCCACCGACAAAAGCGAGUCUCUAUCAACAUGUAAAACGAUCGGUGCUGCAAGGGGCGUUCAUUUGGGGCCAAUGUAUGGAAAAAAUGCAGGACAUACCAGAUCCGACUGCCUUCGGAUGGACUUUAGUUGAAGACCAAUUUGAACCAUUUUGGACGACGUUGCCCGACUAUUCUCGGCACAUCAACACCACUAGAUGUGGUUGUAAGGUUGCCUGCAAAGGGCGUUGCAAAUGCAAAGGGAACUGUUCAUUGCUAUGUACGUGUGAAGGGCGUUGCAAAGAUGAGAAAAGUAAACAAAUUUCGAUGUAUUUUUACAUGUAGAAAAUUGGAGGAACAUAUGGUGACUUCACUCUUACUGACAUAUCUCCCGAACGAGCUGAUCGUCUUGAGUAAAUUAAAAGGCUAAAAUAUAGCUCUUUAAAUUCUCUAUAAACUUUCAGAAGAAAUUUUUUGAGAAUUUUUGAUAUUUCGAUCGGUUUCAGCGAUUUUACUUUGAGAAAAAAAUAUUUUUUGACUUUGACCAUUUUUUUCCGCCAUUUUGGAUUCAAAUGUUAAAAAAAAAUUACACCAAAAAAAACUUUGAUCUUUUCUCUAUAAUUCAUCCUUUGGAAGUAUGUCGAUA